AUAUUCUUCUCAUCACUUAAUCUUUUCUACUACACACAAUGAAUAGACACAGUGAUAAAACAAAACAACCUCAGACACAAUUUGUUCUGUAUAAUUGUUUGUUGUUUUUCUUCACUUUGUUGGUAUUAACAAAAGCUGAACAAGUUGGAUAUGGAUAUACUGUCCGAUCAUUAGGCGUUGACUCCUUUGGAAAGACAUUGACUGCUCAUCUUCAACUCAUCAAAAAUUCUUCUGUUUUUGGACCUGACAUUCAGAAUCUCACACUUACUGUCUGCUUUGAGACGAAAGAUCGUUUAAGAGUCAGGAUUACCGAUGCAGAUCAUGAAAGAUGGGAAGUUCCACAAGAAUUUAUCCCCCGCGAAACUCAUUCUUUCCCCCGCAGCUCCCUUUUGGAGAAACAUUCUUAUUCCUCACUUCCAUUAUCAGAAGAAACACAUUACAUCCAUACAGACACCAUUUCAGACCUUAUUUUCACUCUCUACAACACCACGCCUUUUGGCUUUUCCAUCAAACGUCGCUCCACAGGUGACAUUCUUUUUGACACCUCACCUAAAAAUGACUCUCCGGACACAUUCCUUAUCUUCAAGGACCAGUACCUUCAACUGUCCUCUUCAUUACCAGCCGAUAGGUCAUCUAUUUAUGGCCUCGGGGAGCAUACCAAGAGAACGUUUAAGCUAAAGAAUAAUCAGACAUUAACUCUUUGGGAUGCUGAUAUUGGUAGUGCAAAUGUUGAUCUCAACUUGUAUGGCUCCCAUCCUUUUUACAUGGACAUCAGGUCUCAUCCUGGCGCGGGGAGUACUCACGGAGUCUUGUUAUUCAAUAGCAAUGGGAUGGACAUUGUAUACUCUGGUGACAGAAUUACCUACAAAGUGAUUGGAGGGGUCAUUGACCUGUAUUUCUUUGCUGGUCCUGUACCGGAGAAGGUCAUGGAGCAGUACACGGAGCUCAUUGGCCGCCCUGCACCCAUGCCAUACUGGUCUUUUGGCUUUCACCAAUGCCGAUAUGGCUAUAAAAGUAUUUCUGAAGUUGAGAAUGUAGUGGCUCGCUAUGCAAAAGCUCAAAUCCCUCUUGAGGUCAUGUGGACAGAUAUUGAUUAUAUGGACGGCUAUAAGGAUUUCACAGUUGAUCCGAUUAAUUUUCCACUUGACCGGAUGAAGAAAUUUGUUGAUAAACUUCAUCAAGAUGGCCAGAAAUAUGUUCUCAUAUUGGAUCCAGGGAUCAGCAUAAAUAGCUCGUAUGAGACUUAUAAGAGAGGUAUGGAAUCGGAUGUUUUUAUCAAACGCGAUGGUGUCCCUUAUCUUGGCGAAGUUUGGCCUGGAAAAGUCUACUUUCCUGACUUCAUAAAUCCAAAAUCCAGAGUCUUCUGGAGUAAUGAAAUCAAAAUUUUCCAUAAAAGUCUCCCCGUUGACGGGCUCUGGCUUGAUAUGAACGAGUUAUCUAACUUCAUUUCUUCUCCUCCAAGCCCGUCUUCUACUCUUGACAACCCUCCUUAUAAGAUCAAUAACUCAGGAACCCUACGUCCAAUCAACGAGAAGACUGUCCCAGCAACAUCAGUACAUUAUGGGAACACCUUAGAGUACAAUGUUCAUAACCUCAAUGGAUUCCUCGAAGCUAAAACGACCAAUGCUGCUUUAGUCGAUAUUACUGGUAAAAGGCCAUUUAUACUUAGCAGAUCUACUUUUGUGGGUGCUGGAAAGUACACAGCACAUUGGACUGGAGAUAAUGCUGCAACUUGGAAUGACUUGGCUUAUAGUAUUCCUAGCAUUUUAAAUUCUGGAUUGUUUGGAAUUCCCAUGGUUGGAGCUGAUAUAUGUGGCUUUGGUAAAAAUACAACUGAGGAACUUUGCCGCCGUUGGAUUCAGCUAGGUGCAUUUUAUCCCUUCUCAAGGGAUCACUCUGACAAGUUUACUAUCCAUCAAGAGUUAUAUAUCUGGGAUUCAGUAGCUGCAACAGCUAAAAAUGUGCUUGGACUUCGCUAUCGGCUCUUACCAUACUUGUACACACUAAUGUUUGAGGCGCAUUCUAGAGGCGUUCCUAUAGCACGGCCACUUUUCUUUUCAUUUCCUGAGGACACGAACACUUAUGAAAUCGACUCUCAGUUUCUCAUUGGUAAGGGGUUAAUGAUAUCACCCGUGCUAACAUCUGGAGCGGUUUCAGUUAAUGCAUAUUUUCCAUCUGGAACCUGGUUCGACCUCUUCAACUAUUCAAACCACGUGAACAUGAAGUCCGGUAACUACAUCAACCUUGCUGCACCUUCUGAUCAUAUCAACGUACACCUUCGAGAAGGAAAUAUUCUGGCGAUGCAAGGAGAAGCAAUGACAACAAGGGCAGCUCGGGAAACUCCAUUCGAACUUCUUGUUUCCAUCAGCGACAAGGGAAAUAGUUCAGGCGAAGUUUACUUGGACGAUGGAGAAGAAGUUGAAAUGGGAGGAAAGGGUGGAAAGUGGAGCUUAGUGAGAUUUCACAGUGGCGUUGUAAACAAUAAGUUAUAUCUCAAAUCAGAGGUUGUGAAUGAAGAGUUUGCUAUGAAUAAGAAUUGGACAAUACACAAAGUGACUUUUCUUGGACUGAAGAAUAGGGCGAGUAGAAUAAGUGCAAAUAAGUUGACAACUAAAAUGGUGGGCAAGAGGAAUGUAUACUCAAGAAUUAGAACAAACUUUGACAGAAGUACAUCUGGUGUUUUAGAGAUGUCAGGUUUAUCAGUUCUUAUUGGCAAAGAAUUUAAUCUUGAGCUAACACUUGCCAUAUAAGAACAGCCAUGAGUGGAUCUUCAUAAUGUAGAACAUGGAAAAUAAAGCAUACAAGUUUUUAGUGCUCAUUAUUUUCCUUAUGAACUGAUAAAGCAUGUAAUAGUUGAAACUGAGAAAUCAAUAAAUAUUUGGUGAAGAUGUCA